AUGGCGUCCCAGGGAGCAAAAUUUUCCGUUUCUCCCUCGAAAGGGGCGUUUGUAGCAGGCAAAAUGGAGCUUUGUUUUUUUGUGCUGCUGUGGAUAACCUCGGGGCUUCUGGAGCUGUUUUUUCGCCCCGUCAAGGCAGGCCAAGGAUUUGCAGACAGGAGAAAGAAGAAGGUGAUGUAUGAAUACAGGAAGCUGCUGAACAAGGAGAGGAAGAAAAAGGGAGGAACAACAACAACAGGAUCAGCAGGAUCAGCAGGGGAGGAGGAGGGGUACUCAGAACAAAAGGGAGAUGGUAACACACAGGGAAAAGGGCAGGAACAGAAAAGAUUCAAGAAGAAGCCUACAGUCACAGCAUUCAGUAAACAGCAGCAAGAGUUCAAGAAGAAACAAGCAGAAAAAGAACAGAGAAUAAAGGAAGCUGAGCAGAGAAAGGAAGAUAGAAUCAAAGCAGCAGCCAAACACAACAAGGAGAGGUGGAAGAGACAUGUCCAACUGGGAAAGGUCAACAAGAAAGGGCAGCCUGUUAUGGCUAACAGGAUAGAGUUUCUACUUAAUAAGAUACAGAAGGAAGCCUCAUCAUCUUAGGUUAUACAAUACAGUCUGUCAUAGUUAC